GGCGCUUCCUCACGGCGGGGGGCUGAGGCCAUGGAGGGCGAAGCUCCUCCGCCGGAGGAGCGGCGGCGGCUGCAGGAGGAGCUGAGCGAGUUCGUGGAUAGCUGCUUCCGGACCCUGGAAGAGGUGACGGCGUCCAUGGGCUGGAGCCUGGAUAGCCUGGAUCCCGGAGAAGAGGAGGCGGCGGAGGAGGAAGUCGUGAUAUGUCCUUAUGAUUCCAAUCAUCACAUGCCUAAAUCGUCUUUGGCAAAGCACAUGCCAUCUUGUAGAUUGAGGAAAAUGGGGUAUACCAAAGAAGAAGAGGAUGAAAUGUAUAAUCCUAAUUUUUUCUAUGAGAAUAUGAAUAUGCCAUCAGUUACUUUGAAUAAGGACUCACAAUUCCAGAUAAUUAAGCAAGCUAGAACUGCAACUGGAAAAGAUGGUGAUUGCUAUAAUCAAAGAAUUUAUUCUUCAUUGCCUGUUGAAGUGCCUCUGAAUCACAAACGAUUUGUUUGUGAUUUAACUCAAGCUGAUCGUCUUGCCCUCUAUGAUUUUGUAAUUGAAGAGACAAAGAAAAAGCGCUCUGAUUCUCAGAUCAUUGAAAAUGACAGUGACCUUUUUGUAGACUUGGCUGCCAAAGUCAAUCAAGAUAAUAGUCGAAAAAGUCCAAAAUCCUACCUUGAAAUCCUGGCAGAAGUGAGAGAUUAUAAAAGAAGACGCCAGUCUUAUAGAGCUAAGAAUGUUCAUAUAACCAAAAAAUCAUAUACUGAGGUGAUUCGAGAUGUAAUCAAUGUGCACAUGGAAGAACUCAGUAAUCAUUGGCAGGAAGAGCAGGAAAAAGCAGAGGAGGAUGCUGAAAAGACUGAAGAAAGGCGAUCAGCUUCAGUAGAUUCACGACAGUCUGGUGGAAGCUAUUUGGAUGCUGAAUGUUCACGACAUCGAAGAGAUCGGAGUAGGAGCCCAUAUAAACGAAAAAGAAAUAAAGAUAAGGAUAAAAACUCUGAGUCGAGAAGAAGGAAAGAAAGGGAUGGAGAAAGACAUCAUAGUCAUAAAAGAAGAAAGCAAAAAAUAUAAAUGAAGUAUUUGUGCAUGUAUGUUUAUGCCACGAUAACCAAUAUGCUGAUAUAUUAAUUGGAAUUGCUUUGCAUAGGAGAAUAUGUUUAUAUGAUAUAUUUAGUGUUCAUUAUUUUUUAAUAAAUACUUAUGCAUCAAACCAUGAGUAUACUA